AUGGAACCAACGACACCACCACCACCACCACCACCACCAACCACAGCUGUACAAGACCAAGAAAGGCGUAAACAACUCAUUGACAGUAUUCCUCGAGUAGGCGACAUUGAUUCCUGUAAAGAAAACAUUCAACCCUACCGCAAAGGUCGCUCUAUGUCUGCCCUCACCACACUGCUGGGUAGCAGUACUGAAAGAGAGGCUGCUCUACAAUUAGGCCAUGAACAGUUCCGUGAGCAACUCAAACACAUUGACGAGCAAGAUGAUCCGUUGCAGACCUACAUCAACUACAUUGAGUGGACUAUCCAAAUGUACCCCGAGGGACCCAAGGGCGAGUCAAAUCUCCUUUGGCUUCUAGAGGACGCGACAACCCAAUUCAGUGACGAUGCCAGAUACAAAGCAGAUCCACGAUAUCUCAAGACAUGGCUCGAGUAUGCCAAACAUUCUGAACACAAAAAGAACGUCUAUCUGUAUUUGAUGGAGAAUAACAUUGGACAAGGGCUGGCUCUAUUUUACGAGGAUUAUGCUGCUUAUUACGAGAGAUUAGAAAAAAUGGAUGAAGCGAUUCAGGUGUUUGAAUUGGGUAUAGCAAAGGAAGCUGUACCUCUCAAAAGACUAAGAAAAAAUUACAAUCAAUUCAAGGCUCGGAUGCAGGAGAGACAGCAAAGAGGACUACUACGUAAACAACAGAUGGAGGCCAAGAGGCAAAUGGAAUCACUGAAAUCCACGGGACAACGCACCAUGCUAGGCCAAAAGUUUGAUAGCCAAUCUCGAGUGUCAGUGCCUGCCAAUGUCCAUGCCAACGUAGAAGCCAGAUUUAGUGGUGGGGCACUUGGAUCCUCUUCAUCUGCGCUACCAUCUAGAUCCUUUGGAAACAGCGCCUAUAACAGCACAGGCUCCGUAAUGCCAUCACCUUCCGAAUCCUUUUCUGUAUUCACCGAAACCACAUCAGCACAGCCUUCUUCCUCCUUGUCUGCAUCACGAAGCAGCAUUUCGCCUGCUGCAAGAUUCUCAUCAGCAUCCCAUUCACUCCAUUCAAGCACUACCUCGGCUGCAUUUCGUCGAGAAAAUCAAAGACCCACCGAAAAAUUUGCUGGUGCCACUAUUCGACAAGCAUCAUUACCCACUCCUUCUACUACUAUUGAAAAAUUUCAGGUGUAUCAGGAUUCUCCAGGCGACAAUGCCUCCUCUGAACAUGCCGCUUUAGAGCGUGUAAGCUCAACAUCAUCUAUGCUCAGUGUUUCCAUGGGCGACGGCAGCGAGUCAGCGCAAAACAAACAGCGUCGUUUUCCUGCUCUGGAUCCAACACAGAAGAAGAAGCGACGAAAGGACAGGGAGACACAACAACAAAGGACCACCAUAGUACCCGAAUUUCUGGUAGCUCGAUUUAUGCAGCGACGCCAUUUCUACUUUCAAUCCAAUGAUACCAAAGGCUGCGUAGAAUACAUUUCUAUACCUCAACAUCACGACCAUAAUGUCAGUUUCGAGGAGCUGAGAGCUGCCGCAAGCAAGGGUUAUUAUCCUCAGGAGGAAAAAGAGCAGCGCGUGCUUGAUAAAGGCAAGGGGAGGGCUGCUGAUCAGAAUCCAAUGGAGGAAACGGAUGGUUUAUCACGGUAUCGCAAUCAGGAGCUGGAAUCCAUGAUCACAGCACCAGAAUACACAACAGAAACACUAGCAGCAAUGCAAUCCAUUCAAUCACUGUUCAAACCCGAAGAGCAUUAUACCAAAGAAGAAGAGGAUUUAACAUGGACCAAUCCAUAUCAGCGCUUCGAACCUGUUUAUCGACCUCCCGUAAAUGAAAAUGAAUAA